AGUGGGCUUAUUGGCCAUUACUCUAUCUUGCCAGCAGCCCUGUGGCGACGACAACGAUGGACCGGGAUCCGGUGGGCAGUGUGGAAGGAGAAACCGUCGCUGUUUCGGGAGCUGCGGCUUUCGGAGACUCGGCGCGGCAGAUGAGUAAUGAAAGAGGCUUUGAAAAUGUAGAACUGGGAGUCAUAAGAAAAAAGAAGAAAGUUCCAAGGAGGGUCAUCCACUUUGUUAGUGGUGAAACAAUGGAAGAAUACAGUACAGAUGAAGAUGAAGUUGAUGGACUAGAGAAGAAAGAUGUUUUGCCUUCUAUUGAUCCGACAAAACUUACCUGGGGCCCCUACUUAUGGUUUUACAUGCUUCGGGCUGCCACAUCAACCCUUUCAGUGUGUGACUUUCUUGGAGAGAAGAUUGCAUCUGUUUUGGGUAUUAGCACCCCAAAAUACCAAUAUGCCAUUGCUGAGUAUUACCGGAUGAAGAAAGAGGAAGAAGAAGAAGAAGAAGAAAAUAGGAUGUCUGAAGAAGCAGAAAGACAAUACCAACAGAGCAAGCUUCAGGAAAAUUCUAUUGUUCAUACAGAUCAACCAGAAACAGUGGUGUCCAGUUCAUUUGUGAAUCUUAAUUUUGAAAUGGAGGAAGACUGUGAAGUAAUUAUGGAAAGCAAACAAAAUUCAGUCUCUGUCCCACAAUAGAAUGAAAUGACUAUCAAACUUCAAGUCCUAAAGCUUUCUUUUUUUAAUACCAGGAACUUUCAUAUUUUCUAUUUAGUGAAACUUUAAUUAAUUUAUAUUUUAAAUUAUUGUUAUCUGGAAAGAAAUGUUUCUCCAUUAUUAGGCUUUAACUAUCAAAAAUCAUAUCUGAAAUUUAUAUGCACUAUGCUUUUGCUGUAUGUUGAAAUUAGUGCUUUGGUUUUUUUCCUUUUGCAGUGGGGGCAUUGAACCCAAGGCCUUGUGCCUUCUAGACAAGCACUCUACCACUGAACUACACCCUCAGCACAGUGCUUUGGUUUUAUGAUCUUUAAAAAAGGUUAAGGACAUUCUAGAUUCCUAAUCAAUUAAGAAGAGUUAAUUUUCUAUUAUUUGUUUAAAAAAAAAAGGUAAGUUAUUGAUUUAGGGUAACUGGAGCUGAUAAUCCUACAGUCUCAGAUUAAAAUGAGUAUUGACCUUUCCCAGAUUUUCUCAUGUUAUGCCUUGCAUUUUAUGCUUUGCAUUUAAUUUAUUUAACCAUUAAUUUCAUACAAAGCAUGAUUCACUAAGUGUGUAAUAAAAGGACAAGAUGGAAGCACCCUGAA